CGCGGGGGCGCACGUGGGCCGGGCCGUCGAGCCGAGCGGGAGGGCGAGCGAGCGAGCGAGCGGGCAGGCGGGCGGCGAUGGCCCCGUGGCUGCGCUCGGCCGGGCUGGUGGCCGGCUCGUCGCUGGCCUUCGCGGCCCUCCGCUGGGCGCUGAGCCGCUGCCCGCUGCCCGCCCACGUCCGCCUCGACGCCACCCGCACCUGGCGCUGGAGGAACCUGCUGGUCUCCUUCGCCCACUCCGUGGUGGCCGGCCUCUGGGCCGUCGUCGGGAUGUGUCAGCUGCCGGGGGCCCUGGAUGACCUGGUGCAGACCACCUCCCCUUCCGCUCACCUGCUGCUGUGUUUUUCCACAGGCUAUUUCAUCCACGACUCUCUGGACAUCGUCGUCUGCCGCCAGUCCAGGGCUUCCUGGGAGUAUCUGGUCCACCACGCCGUGGCCGCCACUGGUUUGCUAUCCGGGAUCUUCUCGAACCGCUUUGUGGCCGCGGGGCUGCUCUCCAUGUUUGUGGAGGUCAGCAACAUUUUCCUGACCAUGAGGAUGAUGGUCCGGCUGGGCAAGCUGCCCCUCCCCACCUUCUACGAGGUCAACAAGUACGCCAACCUGGUGGCCUACUUCCUCUUCCGCCUGGCCCCCCAGACCUACCUGACGUGGUUCUUCGUGCGGCACGUGGAGAUGCGAGGCCAGGGCGCCUUCCUCAUGGUCAACCUCAUCCUGCUGGACGCCAUGAUCCUCAUGUACUUCUCGCGCCUGCUGCGCUCCGACUUCUACCCGGGCGGCCGAGGGCCGGGCUCGGACGACGAGAAGAAGUACUUGAUCGACUGAAGUCCCAAGGAGACCACCCCCCCGUCCGUCCCCCCCACCUCCGCAGCGGAGAGGAUGCAAAAAAUGGGGUCCUUUGUUCAGCUGCGUGGCUGCUGGUGUGCCUUAAACUGCUGAGGACUAGCGACUUGGUCUACGGUGCCUCUUCGAGGGAGGCCAGGCAACCGGGACUCCACCCACAGCUGGGCCUGGGUCUCUGCCUUGCCUGGUUCCCAAGGAAGGGUCAAGAACCAAACCUGGGCCGGGCCGGGGAUGACCGCAAGAAACGGAGGAAGAGGAAGGCUCCUCGGGCAUUUUGAAGGGAGAAGAAGAGCGGCUAUUUUGUGCAUUAAAUCUAUUUGCAAUCCGA